AUGUCCGACGGCGGCCGUCAGCAACCACUCUGGGUUCCUCCUAACAUAGGCCAGCAUCCCAUCGACGACUAUCGUCGGCAUGUGAAUAACAAGUUCGGCCUCCAGCUCGAAAACUCCCACCAACUCCAGCAAUGGAGCGUCAAGAAGGCCAAUGAUUUCUGGGUCGACUUGUAUGACUAUGUUGGGUUGAUCCCAGAGCUACCGUCGCAUAUCACGCGUGCAUUCGAUGAGUCCGCGAAGAUUAGUGAUGUUCCGCAGUUUUUCGAGGGAGUGGAAUUGAACUAUACGGAGAAUGUGCUGGAAGGGAAGGAUCCCAACGCGCUUGCGCUUAUUGGCUUGAGGGAGUCUGAUUUUUUGAACGGGGAGAAUGUGACCUGGGGGGAGUUGAGAGAAAGAGUCAGGCAAGUGAGGAGUGCGCUGAUUCGGAGUGGCGUCAAGAAGGGCGACCGUGUAGCUGCGAUUGUGUCUACGUCAAUCUGGGCGAUUGUGCUCUUGCUGGCGACCGCGUCAAUGGGUGCAAUUUUCUCAUCGAUAUCGCCGGAUAUGGGCGAAGCUGGAUGCGUUACGAGAUUGCAACAGAUUGAGCCUACCAUCUUGUUUGCGGACAGCGAUAUGUCAUACAAGGGGAGGAAAACUCCUCUUGACGAGAAGAUCAAGGCUAUCGUCGAAAAGCUACCCCAAGCUAUGAAGGUCUUUAGCAUUCCGAUUACUAGUCGGAGUACCUCGACGUUUCCGUUCGUGAGCGAUUUCCUUGCAAUGGCUCGCAAUUCCGAUAGGCUGGAAUACAACAGAGUACCGUUCACAUAUCCCCUAUUCAUCCUAUACUCGAGUGGAACAACGGGCCAGCCGAAGUGCCUCGUGCACCACCACGGGGUUAUCAUCCAGCUCAAGAAAGUUGCCAUGCUGCACUAUUCUCUGGGGCCUAAAGAGGUCGUAUUCCAAUAUUCCAGCACGUCGUGGGUGCUUUUCAAUAUCAUGAACGGCCAUCUUGCGGUUGGCGCAACUGUACUGGUCUAUGAUGGCUCCCCAUUGUGGCCCGAUGCGAUGACUAUGCUCAAAAUCAUUGAAAGGUUUAGGGUAACAUAUUUCGGCACGUCUCCACGGUAUCUUCUGGAGCUUGAAGCCUCUAAGGUCAUCCCUCGUGAAGCAUACGAUCUCCGCUCCCUUCGACUUGUAACAACCACUGGCGCGACUUUGACCUCGGAUCAAUUUAGAUGGUUCUAUAAAGCAUUCCCGCAUAUCCAUCUCAGUAGUGUUGCUGGAGGAACAGAUAUCGUCACAUCAUGGAUAUCGGUUGACCCGUCAGGGCCCGUAUACGCGGGUCAGAUGCAAAUGAUUGCACUCGGAAUGGAUGUUUAUGUUGCCGAUGCGAACACCGGAGACGACAUUACCAAGACCGGGGAGUCAGGCGAAUUGGUUUGCCCGACUCCUUUCCCAUCAAUGCCCGUCUUUCUUUGGGGAGACAAAAACAACAAAAGAUACAAAUCUUCAUACUUUGAACGAUUCGAUCAUAUAUGCGUUUGGGCUCAGCAUGACUGGAUAAACGUGGAUCCCAUCACCGGUGGCAUAACAAUGCAUGGUAGAAGUGAUGGCGUCCUGAAUCCCUCCGGAAUCCGCUUUGGCAGUUCAGAAAUCUACAACAUUUCCGAAGGCCCAGUUUUCAACUCCGAGAUUCAAGAUACUCUCUGUGUCGGCCGCCGUCGAAAGCAAGACACAGACGAAGUUGUUUUCCUAUUCGUCAAAAUGCGGAACAACCAGCUGUUCAGCCAUGGCCUGGAGCAACGACUCCGCUCCGCCAUUCGAACAGGCCUAUCACCACGACACGUGCCCAAAUUUAUCCUUGAAGUGCCUGAGAUCCCCGUGACGAUUAAUGGUAAGAAAGUCGAGACGCCAGUGAAAAGAAUCAUCAGCGGGGAGAGGGUGCAGGUCAGCUCGACAGUGGCGAACCCAAAGUCAUUAGAAUUCUUUGAGCAAUUUUCAAAGUUGGAAACGCAACCAAGGGCAAGAUUGUAG